ACUGAGGUGAUAUAAAAAGGGUAGCCAUUUCUUCCAGUCAGUCACUUCAUUCGCUGCAACGCCGAACGGAAAGACAACAUUUAAAAUGUUCAAAGUAGCCAUCGCCGCUUGUGCCUUCCUUCUUGUCGCUGUCUCAGCCACACCCUUCAGGGAUUGCGGUUCAACUGCCGCUCUGACCGCUGUGCGCGUCCCGGGUUGCAAUGCCCUUCCUUGCAUCGUUUACCGUGGAACAAACGUCUCUGUCGAAUACGAUUUCACUGCAACUGAUCCCACCAACACGUUGACCACCGAUGUGAAGGGCGUUAUUAGCGGUGCCACCCUUCCUUGGCCAGGCAAUUUCCCACCUGCUUGUGAGGACGUGAAAGUCGGCGAUUGCCCAGUUACCGUGUCUGAGCCCAUUACCAUGAACACUCUUCUGGUUCUAUCAACUAGUUUCCCCUCGGUGAACGCAAAGGCAAUCUGGAGCCUUCGCGACGAUAACGACAACGCUAUCGUUUGCUUCGAAGUCACCGUCACUCUACUGUAAAUUUUCAAACUAUCAACGACUCCAAAGAAUGUCAUGUUUUCAAUCGAAUAUUGGCUGACCAAUUUCGUGUUCGAAACAAAAAUUGCGAAUGAAUAAAUCAAUUUAAACUUAAA